GUAACUGGUGGCAGGCUAACUGUUUGGAAAUAAGCCCUACAUCUAGCUAGUCAGUGGUGGGUGUUGUGGGGCUUUUGGUUGCCAUGGAACAUGAGUUGUGUUUCCCUGUCAGGUGUCCACUGGAGGCGGCCGGCGGGUCUCCACAGCAGCAGUAAGGUGACCAUCCAUCUGGGAGGCAUCGGGAGGAAAGACGGGAAGGCCUAUACGACUGUAUGCUGCAAGGUUAGCCCUAACCCUAACCCUCGCAUCCGCUGGGAUGCAGACAGGAAGUGUGCCAUGGAGAUGGUGCUGCAGUACUUCAAAGAGAAGAACGAGAAGAAGCCUCAGAAGUCGUAUCUGAUCCACGCCGGCCUGGAGCCGCUCACCUUCACCAACAUGUUUCCCAGCUGGGAGCACCGAGAGGACGUGGCUGAGAUCACCGAGAGGGAGGCGGAGGUGUGUAACCAGAUUCCAUCUUCCCUCUGGCUCAGCUGCAGGCCCGGCCGCUCCCAGAGGGAGUCGACCCGCUCCGCCUCGAGAUCUUCCUGUCUGAACAGGACUUUGAGACCAAGUUGUAGGUGUAUUCAGGUAAGAAGAGCCACUCAUGCGAUUCAUCAGCAUUCAGGCGACCUGUCCUUCUUUUCCCAGCAUGUCAGCACUGUGUUUUUCUUUCUUUCUUCAUGUGGUUUGAAAACUCCUGUGUCACUCCUGUCUCCUAAGUGUGGCGCUGGUUGAGGAGGAAAGUUUAGCGCUUGGCUGCACGAUUACAUCUGAAAAGAACACCCUGAUUACUCUGACAUCAUAGUUAGUCAGGUCCUUUAUAUCAGCUGCAGUCACAAAGGAUUUGGCACUCACAGCUCUUCACACAGUAGAUAACAAACAUAAAAUGACACCUAAACUUAGAUCCCAUUUCUGCUCGGAAAAAAAGAGACGAAAUUUAAGGAAUGAUACAAAAAUGUAUCUAUUAGUCAUUUGACAAAAAAUUAAUCAGCCUCUAUUUUGAUAAUCGAUGAAUUGCCAUUCUUCAAGCAAUGACACCAAACAUUGUUUGGAUCUUUUCUACGUGAGGAUUUUAUGCUUUUCUCUGCUUUGUGUCAUUUCUGAAGACACUUUUUGGGGGUUUUGGACUGUUGGUCGGUCAAACAACAUAUACUUUUGAGGGCGUCACUUUGGUCUCUGAAAAUUAGAUAGAUAGAUAG